CCUGUCCAGUGUCCCAUCCAGGCGCUAUGAUCUUCAUCAAGCUCAACUUUCUGUAUUAAUUUUUACAUCGCCAUAAAGUGCAGUUCUUUAAAAAGUCAAGAUGUCGAAUGUCACCUUUUACAUUUCCAAUCUUUUGGAAAAAAUGACAUCCACUGACAAAGACUUUCGGUUUAUGGCGGCCAAUGACCUGAUGAUGGAGCUCCAGAAGGACUCGAUCAAACUGGACGAGGAAAGCGAGAGGAAGGUUGUGGCGAUGCUACUCAAACUUCUGGAGGACAAAAACGGAGAAGUGCAGAAUCUGGCUGUCAAAUGUCUUGGUCCUCUGGUGGGAAAAGUGAAGGAGUGUCAGGUGGAGACGAUGGUGGACACGCUCUGCUCCAACAUGGUGUCCAACAAAGAGCAGCUGAGGGACAUUUCCAGCAUGGGCCUGAAGACCGUCAUCGCCGAACUGCCACCUUCAUCUACAGGUUUGAGCCUCACAGUCAACGUCUGUAGGAAGAUCACGUCCCAGUUGAUUGGAGCAUUGGGAAUGCAAGACGACGUGUCCAUUCAGCUGGAGGCUUUGGAUAUUCUCUCCGACAUGUUGGGCAGGUUGAGCACUGCUCUGGUGAGCGUCCAUCAGUCGAUUCUGACCAGCCUCCUUGCUCAGCUCAUGAGUCCUCGUAUGGCUGUGAGGAAACGCUCUAUUAUCGCUCUGGGUCACCUGGUGCCCAGCUGUAGCCCCACUCUGUUCACGCAGCUCACCGCACACCUCAUGGGCGAACUGUCCCGCGGGCCGCCCACCGCCAGCGUCCGCACCUACAUCCAGUGCCUGGCCACGGUCAGCAGACGAGGAGGACACAGGAUCGGGGAACACCUGCAGAAGAUUGUGCCAAUGGUGGUGAAGUUUUGUAACGUGGAGGAUGAUGAGCUACGCGAGUUCUGCUUUCAAGCGUUUGAAGCUUUUGUUAGCAGAUGUCCAAAGGAAAUGUCCCCUCACAUCCAAGCAAUCAUCAAGUUGUGUUUGAAGUACAUCAUCUACGACCCCAAUUACAAUUACGAUGCUGAUGAUGACGAGGAUGACAGUAUGGACACUGAGGACAGAGAAGAUGAAGAUCAGGAGUCUGACGAUGAAUACAGUGACGAUGAUGACAUGAGCUGGAAGGUGCGGCGUUCCUCUGUGAAAUGUCUGGAGGCGAUAAUCAGCAGCCGCAGGGAUCUGCUGGUGGAGCUCUAUGGAUCCGUAAGCCCAACGUUGGUGUCCCGCUUCAAAGAGCGUGAGGAAAAUGUUAAAACUGACAUUUUCUCAGCCUACGUGGCUUUGCUCAGACAGACCAGACACCCUCAUGGUCCCACUUUGGACACGGGGGCUAAAGAGGAGCCUGCAACUUGUCUCUUGAAGAAACAGGUACCGACGAUUGUAAAAGCCUUACACCGACAGCUAAAGGAGAAAAGCAUGAGAUGUAGGCAAGGCUGCUUCAAUCUUUUGACAGAGAUGGCGAAUGUACUGCCUGGUCAACUAGGAGAACACAUACCAGCCCUCAUUCCAGGUAUUAUUUACUCCUUGACAGACAAGUCGACCUCUUCAAAUAUGAAGAUUGAUGCCCUUGCUUUCCUUAAUGUUCUCUUAAGUAGCCACAAGCCAGAGAUCUUCCAACCACACAUUAGCGUCAUCUUACCACCAGUGAUCCAAUGCGUCGAAGACCCAUUUUAUAAAAUCAUAUCGGAGGCCCUCCAAGUCACCCAGCAGAUUGUCAAACUCAUGCGGCCACUGGACAAGCCUGUCUCUUUUGAUGCCAAACCUUACAUCAAGAACGUGUUUGCUUGCACCUCAAAGAGGUUGAAGGCGGCUGACAUAGACCAAGAGGUGAAAGAGCGGGCCAUUUUCUGCAUGGGCCACAUUUUGAGUCAUUUUGGUGACCAGCUUGGUGGUGACCUGCAGCCCACCUUACAGAUAUUUCUGGAAAGGCUUAAAAAUGAAAUCACCAGACUUGUCACAGUGAAGACUUUGACUCUUGUCGCUUCCUCGCCACUUAAAAUCGACUUAAGGCCCAUUUUAACAGAGGGGAUUCCAAUGCUUGGAUCCUUCUUGCGGAAAAACCAGCGGGCCCUUAAGUUGAACACGACAACAGCCCUGAAUGUGAUGGUCACAAACUACAGCGACAGCUUCAAGCCGCCUUUGAUAGAGUCCAUACUGAGUGAGGUGCCUGCUUUGAUUCAGGAGCGCGAUAUGCAUAUCUCACAAGUAGCCAUAACACUGAUCACCUGUAUGGCCAAAGUUUGCCCGUCCUCUUUGAGCAAGAUUGGGGGGACGAUCUUACCUGAAGUGCUAAACUUAGUCCAUUCUCCACUGCUACAAGGAGGUGCUCUUAAUUCAAUACUUGAGUUCUUCCAGGUUCUUGUAGCAACAAAGGCCAACAAUAUGGGUUACAGUGACCUUCUGAAAGGCUUGAGGGGGCCUUUCUAUGAUUUCAAGUCUACUGACUCACUGUCCGUGCAUAAACAGUCCUACUACUCGGUGGCCAAGUGUGUAGCUGCCUUGUCGAUGGCCUUUCCCAAAGAAGCUUCUGGAGUGGUCACCAAUCUUAUCCAGGAGGUUAAGAACCCCAAAUCAUCCGAGUCGGUGAGAAUUCUCUCAUUGCUGUGCCUUGGAGAAAUUGGACGUUUUAUGAACUUCGAAGGGCAGAAGGAACUGAAGGGAGUCAUAAUGGAAGCCUUCGGUUCUCCUAAUGAGGAAGUCAAGUCUGCUGCAUCUUUUGCUUUGGGAAACAUUUGUGUCGGAAACUUGGGGGAGUACCUGCCAUUCAUGCUCAAGGAGAUCGGCAGCCAGCCGAAGAGACAGUACCUGCUUCUACACUCGCUCAAAGAAAUGAUCAGUGCUCUGUCAGCAGACAGUCUCAAGCCUCAUGUGGAGAACAUCUGGGCUUUGCUAUUCAAGCACUGUGAAUGCGCAGAGGAGGGCACUCGCAAUAUUGUAGCCGAAUGUUUCGGGAAACUCACAUUGGUCAGUCCAUCUGAACUCCUACCAAGGCUAAAGAAACAACUGUCCUCGGGGUCUCCUCUUUCUCGCAGUACAGUUGUAACUGCAGUGAAGUUCACCAUUGUAGACCACCCCAUGCCCAUAGACUCACUUCUCAAAGGGUGCAUUGGUGACUUCCUGAAAACACUCCAGGAUCCGGACCUCAAUGUUCGGCGGGUGGCUUUAGUCAUGUUUAAUUCAGCUGCCCACAACAAACCCUCCCUGAUCCGUGGACUUCUGACAUCACUUCUCCCACAUCUAUACAAGGAGACACAAAUCAGAAAAGACCUUGUCAGAGAGGUUGAGAUGGGCCCCUUCAAGCACACAGUAGAUGAUGGUUUGGACGUCCGCAAGGCAGCUUUUGAAUGUAUGUACACCCUGCUGGACAGCUGCCUGGACUGUUUGGACAUCUUUGAAUUUCUGAACCAUGUUGAAGAAGGCCUGAAAGAUCACUAUGACAUUAAAAUGCUGACCUUCAUUAUGCUUGCCAGACUUUCUAAACUGUGUCCAGCCGCUGUGGUACAAAGGCUGGACAGGUUAGUGGAACCACUAAAAGCUACUUGCACUACAAAGGUAAAAGCUGGUUCAGUGAAGCAAGAGUUUGAGAAACAGGAAGAGCUGAGGCGCUCUGCCAUGCGUGCAGUCGCCGCCCUGCUGUCCAUCAGCGAGGUGGAAAAGAGUCCCGCUAUGGCAGACUUUGCCAAUCAGAUCCGAAGCAAUGCGGAGAUGGCCACCAUCUUCGAGAGCCUUCAAGGAGACCCCUUAAUAGGGGCUGUAGAAUCGAUGGACACCAGUUAGGACUCACAACUGCAAUUUGUUAUGGUUUGUGGUUGCAGAACCUGCAAUGGA